UCCGCUUACACCACCCUAGAGCCCGAAUCUCCCCACCGGCGCUUACAAGCCGACUCCCUUCCGCCACGGCCGGCCUCCGUAUCGAUACCCGACUCCAACCCUCGCACCGCAGGCACCUACGUAAACAUCCGACGCCGUGCUCCGACCGUCCGAUCUCCUAAUACCGUACUCCAAUGACCGACCUCCUCGUCCACGGGCCGCCAGGCAUCCGUGUCAGCCCCGGCAGCCCCGAAUGCAGUGAUUGUGGCACUCAAAAGGGCUCUUCCCAACCCUUGGCUUCGGCACUCAAGAAAAAGAAUAACAAGGUCGAAAAGCACGUCGUGUUCCGGCCCCUCUCGAAAGUCAUCCGCAGCGCCAGCAACUACGUUCUGUCAUGGCGUGACGGCCUCACCCAGUCAGAGAGGGAAAACAAGCGGAGGAUCGAGGAGAGGAUGCAGUUCCUAGAGGAUGUCAUGCACAAUGCCACCAGCGCAGAGGAAUGGGAAACGGCCGCCAAGGAACUCGACCACCUCGAAGGCAACGACGCGUGGAAACUCGAUCCCUCGACCGGCGACUACCACCCCGACAUCAUCGAGACCAAGCUACGAGACCUGGAUCAUGAUCGGGAAAAUGGCGACACAAGGGAAAUGAUGUAUCUGGUCCGCACGGCCCUCUCACGCGACCUCGGUGGAAUGGGCAACAUCGACUUGUACCGCCAUUCGUAUGUCGGGACUAAGAAAUUGAUCGAGGAUUAUGUUGACUCGGCCGUCAAAUCAAUUGACGCACUGGUGGACCAAAGCACCCAAACAUUGCCUGCCGACAUGGAGGCCAAGGAUCUGCUGGAGGGCAUGUUGUACGCAAGACAGAGCUUUGGGAGGAGCGCCCUUCUUCUGAGUGGAGGAGCUACUUUUGGCAUGUCGCAUAUUGGGGUCAUCAAGUCCCUAUUCGAAGCGAAUCUUUUGCCUCGCAUCAUCUCGGGCGCCUCUGCUGGUUCCAUUGUGUGCUCUAUCCUUUGCACUAGGAAGGACGAGGAGAUACCCGAUUUGAUCCAGACCUUUCCUUAUGGCGAUCUCGACGUCUUCGAGGGCCCCAACGACGGCAUCUCCGACAGUCUGCGCAGACUUUUCACCCAAGGGAGCUGGGCCGACAUAACGAACCUUACCCGAGUGAUGCGAUCCCUGCUUGGCGACUUAACGUUUCAGGAGGCCUACAACCGGACACGAAGGAUAUGCAACAUUUGCGUCUCGACCGCCUCUAUUUACGAGCUACCUCGGUUGCUCAACUACAUUACGGCUCCGAAUGUCAUGAUCUGGUCCGCAGUGGCCGCUUCCUGCUCCGUCCCGCUCGUUUUCCAAGCAGCCCCGUUGCUGGUCAAGGAUCCUACGACCGGCGCCCAUGUUCCGUGGAACCCAACACCGCAACGUUGGAUUGAUGGCUCCGUGGACAACGACCUACCGAUGACCCGUCUCGCCGAGAUGUUCAAUGUCAACCACUUUAUCGUUUCCCAGGUCAACCCCCAUAUCGUUCCCUUUCUCUCUAAAGAUGACAGGUUAUAUCCUCGGAACCAUCCCGGCCGCCUUCGCCAACAAAAGGCUGCCGCACAAGAAAACAACAGCGAGUGGCUCUAUUACCUUACCACUCUUGCCAAAGAUGAGGCCGUCCACCGACUGCAUUUUCUGACUGAGUUUGGCAUCUUUCCCGGUCUUCUGACGAAGCUCCGGUCUAUCCUUAGCCAGCGAUAUUCUGGGGACAUUACCAUUUUGCCAGAACUUGAAAUGCAAGACCUCCCUCGCAUUCUCAAGAACCCAACAUCUGAGUUCAUGAUCCGAAACUGUCUCAUAGGUGAACGAGCAACCUGGCCGAAACUGAGCCGGAUUCGAGACAGGCUAGCCAUCGAGCUGGCCUUGGACCAGGCCGUCCACGCCCUGCGGGCCCGCGUCGUCUUUGGUAAGAGCCAAGUCGACCUCCGUCGCAUCAGUGGCGCCACUCUCGGCCCAGCUGGCCAGCCCACCCCUGGCUUCCUGCGCCCUCCGUCCUCCGGAGAAGCCACGCCUGGCGAGCAUCAGCAUCAUCGCACCCGGCAUCAUCACCGCAGAAGCUCUGCUAGCAGCGUCCAGAUCCUCGCCUCUCGACACAGAAAGAUGUACCAAAACCAUGACGACGACUACCUAACUGAUGACCAAUCCGAAGAGGACGAGCGUCUGGAGAUGAGCUACCAUAGAGGUGCCCACACUCGCCCUGGGAGCGUCACUCCGCACGCCCGAGCGCCGGUUGCCCACACCCUCGCCAAGCCGCGGUUGCAGAGGUCCGCUAGGAGCGCAAGCCACAUGUGGGAAGGGAGACCUUGGUCCCAGGGUCACGCGCAUCCUCACCAUACCCAUGGUCAUAGCCAUGGCCUCCAUCAGGCAUCGCAUACCUUGCAGCAACUCGUUCAGCACGGCUCGGGAGGAGACGAACCACCCUUUGACUUUUCCAGACCUUUGUCACCGCCCACGAGUCAUGCGGGGAAUUGUUCGACUGUGGGGGUUGACGAGAUGGCCGGGGAACAGAAUGUGAGGCACUCGGAUGCGGAUGAUGAGAUUCAGAGUGAUUCUGUGUAGGCAGAGGGCUUGGCAGGGG